CAACACUCACCCACCUUUCUCUUUUGACCCUCUCUCCCCCCAUGGAGAGUGGAUGAAGACCCUACAGCUCAUUUGUAGUUGCUCCUUCCCCAUGCUUGGUGAGGUCGAUAUUCUGAAGGCACUGGGUGUUGAAAUCGUGAGGACCCCGUGCACCCGCUUUGAUGCCCCAGAGUCUAACAUUCGUGUUGCCUGGAAGCUGAAAAGUGAAAUCCCAAACUCUCACAUCCUGGACCAGUACCGAAAUCCAAGCAACCCUCUGGCUCAUUACGACACCACAGCGGAGGAGAUUCUGGAGCAGUGUGAAGGCAAGGUCCACAUGGUGGUGAUUGGGUCUGGCACAGGUGGCACCGUCACCGGCGUUGCCAGGAAGCUGAAGGAGAAGUGCCCAGAGUGCAAGAUCAUUGGCGUAGAUCCCGACGGCUCCAUCGUUGCUCUGCCCAGUGAGAUGAACCAGACAAACACCACAACCAUCGAGGUGGAGGGCAUUGGGCAUGACUUUAUCCCUACUGUCCUUGACAGAUCAGUGGUUGAUCAGUGGUAUAAAUGCAACGACAGAGACUCAUUCCUCAUGUCUCGCAGGCUGAUUAGAGAGGAGGGAUUAUUGUGCGGCGGCAGCUCGGGCAGUGCCAUGUCCGUCGCCGUGCGGGCUGCCAAGGACCUGAAGGAAGGUCAGCGCUGCGUCGUCAUCCUGCCCGACUCCGUCAGGAACUACAUGUCCAAAUUUUUGAAUGAUAAGUGGAUGAUAAAAAAUGGUUUCCUCAAUGAUGUCCGGGAGCACAAGCCUUGGUGGUGGAACAUCAAGGUGCAGAAACUGAAUCUUUCAGCCCCUCUCAUUCUUCUCCCAGAAGUCAGCUGUCAAAAGGCAAUUGAGAUCCUCCAGGAGAAGGGCUAUGACCAAGCUCCUGUUGUUGCUGAAUCAGGACUUAUUUUGGGAAUGGUGACCCUCAGCAACACCCUCACCUCGGUGCUGGCUGGAAACGCACAGUUCUCAGACCCAGUAACGAAGGUCAUCUAUGACCAGUUCUCAAAGAUUGGCCUGGAGGACAGCCUCGGGAAGCUUUCCUGCAUCCUGGAGAACGACCAUUUUGCUAUCGUUGUGCAUGAGCAAAUGCAGUUCAAUGGAAACGGCAGUUCCUUCAUGAAGCAGAUGGUGUUUGGUGUGGUCACAGCGAUGGACCUCCUCACCUUUGUCAGCAGAAAUGACAAGAAGUAGUGCUGCAGCUUGGCUGCACCCACCUCCGCUCCUCCGGCAGGGCCGGCUGCUCCCCCCGAGCCUGAACCACCCGGCCAAGGGUGCUUUCUGGUCUAAUCCAGCUGAUAGUUUCUUAA